AUGAGCUCUGCCAUCACCAGCUGUGAGUUCUCCACCUGCCUGAGGGAUGAUGGUGUGUUCAAUUCCCACCCUGUUGACCAAGGCAAGAGGAAUGAUGGGCAGCCUGAGAGUCCCAGCAGCAGCCGACUGGCCUAUGACAUCUUGGACAUCCCACCAUGGUAUCUCUGCAUCUUCUUGGGGAUUCAGCACUUCCUCACGGCCCUAGGGGGCCUCGUGUCUGUGCCACUCAUCCUGGCCAAGGACCUGUGCCUGCAGCAUGACCACCUGACCCAGAGCUACCUCAUCAGUACCAUCUUCUUCACCUCUGGCAUCUGUACUCUCCUGCAAGUGUUUUUAGGGGUCAGGCUGCCCAUUCUUCAGGGAGGGACAUUUGCUUUUUUGGCACCCUCUCUGGCUAUGCUCUCUCUUCCGGCCUGGAAAUGCCCAGAGUGGACACUAAAUGCCACCCAGGUGAACAUCAGCUCUCCUGAAUUCACGGAGGAAUGGCAGAAGAGGAUGCGAGAGUUGCAGGGUGCUAUUAUGGUCGCUUCCUGUGUCCAGAUGCUAGUGGGCUUCUCAGGCCUCAUUGGCUUCCUCAUGCGCUUCAUUGGCCCCUUGACCAUUGCUCCGACCAUUUCCCUGGUGGCCCUGCCUCUCUUUGAUUCUGUGGGCAAUGAGGCCGGGACCCACUGGGGGAUUUCCAUCAUGACCAUCUUCUUCAUCGUGGUGUUUUCUCAGUUCCUGAAAAACAUCCCGCUGCCUGUGCCAGCUUACGGAGGAAAGAAGUGUCACAUUUCUAAGUUCUACCUGUUUCAGGUCUUCCCUGUGAUGCUGGCCCUCUGCAUCUCUUGGCUCAUCUGCUUCCUGCUCACUAUCAACAAUGUCCUCCCCUCAGCCCCCACUGCAUAUGGGUACCAGGCCCGCACGGAUGCCAAAGGCAAUGUCCUGAGUCAGGCCCCAUGGUUUCGCUUCCCUUAUCCAGGACAGUGGGGCCUCCCCACCUUCAGUCUGGCUGGGGUCUUUGGGAUCAUCGCUGGAGUGAUCUCUUCAAUGGUGGAGUCGGUGGGCGAUUAUUAUGCCUGUGCCCGUCUGAUAGGGGCCCCACCCCCUCCAAAGCACGCCAUCAACCGUGGUAUUGGCAUUGAGGGCCUCGGCUGCCUCCUGGCAGGGGCCUUGGGGACAGGAAAUGGCACCACUUCCUUCAGCGAGAACAUCGGGGCAUUGGGCAUCACCAAGUUCUGCGCGUCUCCCAGCACCCGGGUACUCCCUUUCUGCCCCUAG